CUCUCAUACAAACCUCCUUGACAAUAAAAAACAUUCAUAUUUAUGCAUUUUUGUUCGAUAAAUAAAACGAGUGAUGUUAUAAAUUAAAGUUUUUUUGUGGGUUGAGAGGAAUGGGAGAGAGUGUUGUUGAUCAGCGUCAGAAUCUCAGUAAUGGCGGACGGAGGUGCUCCCACGAUAAGAAUCACACACGUAUUUUAAGCCAUUUACCCUUUGAUAUUAAUAGUGACGUGUAUGAGAAGGAGUGCAUGAGGAAGCUCUCUACGCAGACGGGUGUGCAGCUCUAUAAUGGCUUUGGCAGAAGGUUUGUUGAAGCUGAGGUGGAACAACCAUGAAGCAACGUUCUGCCACAUCUUACACAGACUUCGCUCUAAGCCACGAUAUGCUGAUGCGACGCUUGCAUGUGAAGGACGUCUCUUCAUGGUGCACAGACUUGUUCUUGCCACUUGCAGUGAUUUCUUUGAUGAAAUAUUCCAGCAGACACCAAGUGACACUUCGAGGGCAGUAAUAGUGCUCAACGAGGCACGGGCUCAGGAUGUGGAGUGUUUACUUGACUACAUGUACUGUGGGCAGGUUAAUGUGCGCCAGGCCAACCUUGCAACACUGCUGAAGACUGCUGAAUGUCUUAAGAUAAAGGGGUUGGCAGUCCCUGAACCUACUGAUAGCUUGUCAAACACAAAUCUCAGUCUGGACCAUCAUUCAUCUCCUGAAAGCCCACCACCUAAAAAGAAGAGAAAAAAGAAACUUACACAUCCCUCAGGACAGCCGGUAUUAUCAUCAUGGCACUCUUCAAACGAGGCUUCCAAUUUGACCAGCGUUCAGACAUCUACAGCUCCCACCAUCUCUGUUCCUGUCAGUUCUACUCCACAUACUCAGUCUCUUCUUCACACUUCUACAGCAACAAGUCAAUCACUUCCCUUGACUUCUCCUGUAAAGGUAACUGUCCCUGUAACAGAUAUAGAUAAGGCCAACCAAAAAUCAGGUUGGCUGCAGAUUGUGUCAUCCAUGCGUCAGGGAACAACAACAUCACAAACACCUUCAGAAGGUUCCCAUCUCAACCAGCAACAGUCCCAUCAAUCCCAAUCUCACUCCAAGAAAGUUAAAUCUUCACCAAAAUCUUCAACCUUGGAAAAUCACCCAAGCCAGUUUCUUCAGACGGAAAUAAAAGAAGAGGUGAAAGAGGAGCUGUUACCAGUACACUUAGGACCUGAUGAUCCAAUAGCAGACGAAGAAAACAGUUGGGAGGAUCCAGACCCAGAUCACGAGUCAGAAAAUCGGCUCAUGUAUAGAAGAAUAUCGUCAUUUUACCCGCCACCUCCAGGGCUAAACCCAGUUGUAUCGAGUAGUGGGCUUACACACACAACACCCGUCCUACCGCUCGGACUGUUUCGUGUGGGGUCAUUCUCUGUGAGUGGUGGUCAAGCAUGGGAAAACACCGGUCAGCUGAGACAGUCCCCGGAGCCAGGGAACCACGAAGCAUUGCCUAGUGCCAGCCAGCAAGCUAUGGAUUUGGGCCUAAAUCAUCUCGUUGGACUGAACAAAAAAGGAUUAUCUCCGAACCAGGCAACAAUGUCUCCAAAGCUGAUGCCGUAUGCCAUGUGUGCAAAUUGUGGCACCAACAACACCAAACUUUGGCGACGUAAUGAUAAGGGCGAAAUUGUUUGCAAUGCCUGCGGUCUCUACUUCAAACUGCAUGGCAUCAACCGACCCAGCCACCUUUUCCGAACAGCACCCAUGACACGCAGAAGGCAUCCUAAACCCAAAAAGAAAAAGGAAGCAGAGAGUGGUACGUUUGAACAGCAAGAGCAGUGUGUUAGUGAUUCAUCUCAAGACAAAGAACAUGUACCAGAGACAGACCCACAAGAUGGCUUAGCUGUUCUGAAUGCAGCACUAACACUUAACUCACUUUUGGCUAAGGCCAAGGCACAACAGUCUGAAGCUCUAGCAGCCCAGAGAGCAACGCCUCCCAUUACAAAUAAGAGCUCUUCAGAUCAGGGAAUUGAAUCUCGUCCACCUCCGCCUCCGCUUCUGAAGAUACCAGUAACGAUACGGGAUCAGGAAUCCAAGAUUGCCGAACCCGCCGUUAUGGGUCUGUCGAGGGAGAACAGCCCUCAAGACCCAGGAGGAACCCAAACUCCUCCCAGUCACUCUCCUCAUCCACUACCACUCUCAACACCACCUUCACCACCCCCUCCCCCGCCUUUAUCUCAAGACCACGAUGAAGGAAGGAAUUUAAUUUCUCACUUUCUUGAUAAGUGAGAGGGAGAAAUGGUCCUGAUCCUUCCUGUUCUGUGGAACAGGCAUUAUGUUUUUUUUAUUAUUAAUAUUGUGGUCUUAUUUCUUUAAUAAAUGGAUGGCGAGGAAUGUUUAGCUACCAAAAUGUAUCUCGGUUCUGUAAUAGAGGAAAUUCCUCUUUAAAGUGUUAGGCAAACUCAGGGGAGUCAGUCUUGAUAUACUGCUCGUUUAAACAGUUAAUACAGAUGAAUGCUCAAGUUCACAUUGAGUAAUGAUAAAGAAAUUAAUAUAAGUUAUUUAAUAUAUGCUGAUUUUGCAUGUUAGCAUUUUAUUGGAUGCUGUCUCUUUCUCCCAAGUGAAGAACAGACAUCAGCUCAUUAUUUUUAAGAUUAGACACAGUAGGUAUUGCUUUAAGAUCUGUAUUAUCUAAGCUCAUGGACAAAUCAAGCAUCAUUUAAACAUUAUUAGGUGUAUUUGAAAUGCUUUAAAAAUGUGUCAGCUACAAUAACUGAGACAUAUUAUUUAUGAAAAUUUUCAUCCAAAUCUGUAUAUGUGAUACUUUGUGUGUGUACUGUUUACAAAUUAAUUUUGAUGGAAAGACUUGGUAUAAGCAAAUUUAUUUGGGGUCCCAUGUUUAAUAAUGAAUUUAAUCAAUUAUUAGCUCUAGCUAUACUGUAUGUGUAUAUUAUGUGUGUGGAAAUCUUGACUUAUGCUGCCAUCACAAACACACUGACCUUUGUCUGCUCAAGUGAGGAGGACAUUAACAGCAUUUGGUAACGGAAAUUCUGCUUUGAUUUUCAUAGUUGCUAUAUGAUUUUUCAUAGUUGCUUUAAUCCAUUCAUAUGAGUUUCCUAGCUGUUAUUGUUUUUUGUUUGGAAUGUAAUCAGAGAUGAUCUGAUGUGUAAAACACAUUUUGCUGUCUUUUAUAAUUCUCUGUAUUUAGUGUUAACAGUUCUGGUAUUGUGCAGUAUUUUAGUACAAUUAACUUUGCCAAAAACAAAACAAUAAUUACUUGUGGUAAGCAGGUGAUGAGUCACAAUAACGUGGCUAAAGUAUGUUGACCAGACCACACACUAGAAGGUGAAGGGACGACGACGUUUCGGUCCGUCCUGGACCAUUCUCAAGUCGAAACGUCGUCGUCCCUUCACCUUCUAGUGUGUGGUCUGGUCAACAUACUUAUGGUAAAUUGAUGUAUCGGUUGUGUGAUGUCAGAAGACCAUGGAGUGAGGUCAGUCCACAGACUGUGUCAAAUAUAAUAUGCAGAAGCAUUGUUCUUAGGGAUCUUGUUAAUGGCUUAUCAUCAAAAUAUUCGUUUUUUAUAUUCUUUAAUUAUACAUUAGCGUGUUGUUCUGAACUAUAACAGUAUACAGUACUAGGUGCAAAAUGUGUCUGAACAUCCAUUAUAUCAGUCAAAAACUUAUAUGUUGCAUGGAUUAUGGCACUUCUCUCUGUUUCCAUGUGAUAGAAGUAUGCUUGUGUCUGGGGUAAUGCUCAACAUGUUAUCCUCUAUCUACUUAAAUUGUAUGCUUUAAAAUCAUAUUUCUUCUAUGUUUAAGUUCCAUGCAGUUGCAUAAUUUAUAUUUCACUUCUCGAUUUAUAGGCAUAUAUUUUUAAUUAUAAAAAUAAUAUGUAAAGUCUCCACAAGCAUCGCAAUUUUAUUCGCUAAAAUGGCUCGGCGAGAGAUUUGUUUGGAAGGAAUACCUUAUUUUGUUCUGUUGUGUUGUUUAAUGCUUGGACAAGGUGUGGAACAAAUACUCAUCAUGGUAGUUAUGUCUGAUCAUAUAUUUAUAUAAUUUGUUUAUUUAUAGCUUUUUGUCUUGCAAAUUUACAUGCACAAAGCAAGUCAUAAGUGUAAAUUAUUUGUUAGAGAAAUGCACUUUUAGAAGGAAAGCAGUCCUGGGAUUAUACAUCGCAGUACGACAGUUUAGAACACUAAGGGAUUACAUUAUGAGUUGGGUUUGGUUAAUGUGGUGUUUACCACUGCAUUUUCACACAAAAAUGAAAAUAUCCGUGUUUACUUCUCAGUGCCUACUCUUUCAUCUCUCACUAAAGCAUGUGCAUGCACAUUGUAUGAUUGGUUGAAAUACAUGUAGAUGUGUGAAUGAAAUGGCUGGAAAUAUGGCAUGAUAUACCAGAGAUUUAUAAGUUGAUGUACCUGAAGGAACUUGCUUAUUGAAGAAUGUGGUAAUAGGUGGUUCUACUUGUGUGUGUGUGUAUUUUCAUAGAUAUCUGUGUUCUCUCACUAUUCUCCUUUUCAUGUAAGAAAUAGGGUGAAUCAAGCCAAGAACAACACCUUAUCUGCUACCUACUAGAGUUCUCGUUGUAUAGGGAACCAAGAAGAUCAAUAUUGGUAACUAAAGUGUUUACCUUCAGUAGGCUUCUAUUAUCACAAGCACUUUACAUACUGCUCUUGAGUCAUACCUUUACUGAAACUAACUUGCUGCUUAAAGAACCACCAGAAAUGACAAACAAAUUUUGUAUGGAUGUUUGUCCAGAAGGAUUUUCCAGAUUAUGUAUUGAAAUGUCUAUACUGUAUUUGGAUUACUAUUUUAUACUUUUUUUAUGCUUUUGGUGCCAAAUAAGUCAAAUAUAUUAUUGUAGCUUAAAAUUUUUAAAAUUGGCAAACGGUUUUUGUAUGCAUCUUAAAAAUGUAACCACUUAACAACCAUUGUGUAAUUAUUCAUGACUCUGAUUUGUCAUAUGAUAUUAUAAAUAUUACAUAUGCUUAAGCUUAAUUGUUUUUGCUAUAUGCUUAAUUAGUUUAGAACUGAUAUUCAUUGACAAAAAUAUUUUGUAUAAUUGUUAUUAUUUGGCAUUCAAACUGUUUAUCAUUGAGUAUCUGUCAUACUUCACAACAUAGAGGCUAAUGCAGGCGAUGAAUCACAAUAACAUGGCUAAAAUAUGUAGACCAGAUCACACACUAGAAGGUGAAAGGAUGACAAACGUUUCGGUCCGUCCUGGACCAUUCUCAAGUCGAUUGUGAGAAUAGUCCAGGACGGACCAAAACGUCGUCGUCCCCUCACCUUCUAGUGUGUGAUCUGGUCUACAUAGAGGCUAAUGUUAAAUCACACAGCUCUGGCUUGGCAAGAUUCAAAUUUCUUCAUUGAUUUGCCUUUUAUUUUUUAAUGAACAUUACUUAAGCGCUCCAUGGUACGUAACAACGGUUCUCUGUAUUUUAACUUUAUUCAUCUGUCUGACUUCCUCCAUCUUUAUGUUUGCACGACCUUUCCUUGAUGAACUCUUAAAUAAGUAACACACUAAAAGUCCACAAUAAUGUGGCUGAAGAUAUGAUGAUGACCAAACUACGUCAGAAGACAGAGAAAUGAUGUUUCGGUCCAUCCUGGACCAUUAUCAAGAUCAUAUAAUUUGAUAAUGGUCCAGGACAAACAAAAACGUCGUCGUUUCUCAAUCUUCUGAUGUAUGCUUUGGUCAUCUUACAUAAAUUCUGAACACUGUCUUCUAAUUUUCCAGUCUGUUUACUCUCAAGAAUCUGCAGAUGCUAUACUUCUCAAAAGACUCCUUAAUGCAUGUUUCAACUAGAUUUCUCAUGACUUUCACAAUUAUCCUCUAUUAAGACCCAGCAAGGUUUUCCCUUCCAUGUGUGUAAAUGCAGCCACUUGAUUUUAUUUUAUUUCAUAAUUUUGUAAUAAUUGUGCAAAUUACAUUUUAUAAGUUUGUCAACUAGAUAAUUCAACAUGUAAUAAUUUACAAAUCCACUACUUUACCAUUCAGAGCACUCAAAUUAUUUUAUUCAAUUAAAACAUCAAUCUUUGUCUACCUACCUAUUGACUACCUGUUGAUAUCAAAGAUCAGCAUCCCCGUGGCCUGGCCGCGGGGAUGCCUUCGCCUUGACCAGGCUUUCUGGUUGCUGGUCUGAUGAACCAGGCUCUGAUGACCAAGGCCGUUUGAUGUGGCUGCUUGCAGCCUGACUUGAGUCACAGCCUGGUUGAUCAGGCAUCCUUUGAAGGGCCUUGCUGACUUCUAUUUUGAACAUCGAGAAAGGUCGGCCAAUUAUGCCCCAUGGGUGUAGGGAAAAUGUGUUGGGUCUUUGAGGUUGAUCGAGUUCUCUUUCUCAGUGUGCCUAUUGCACUUUUGCUUUUCUGUGAGGCUAUUUUGCACUCUUGUCAUGCCUUCUGAUCUCAUGUGGUGUUAUUUCUGUGUGCAGGUUUGGAACCAGUCCUAGUAUUUUCAAAGAGUAUUUUCACCCAAUUACUGUACACACAACUUCUCUAUUAACACAAUCCUGUACUUGAUCAGUAAGUUCAUGCACACCUGUAAUGCAUCAUUUGUCAAAAAAUUCUCAGUGGAAAAUUUAAAUUGCUUUACUGUAGUACUUCCUAAAUUACCAUUUAAUGAUAAUUACCAUAUAUCUUUCUACUAUUGUUGAGGUCACUUUUAUAGCCUUAAAAAUAUGCUUACUUUUACAACUUUAUAUACUGUAGAUCUAGCAGUAUAACCUCUGUAUGAACUUAGUAGUAUAGUGCACAGCCUUAGUCGGUCUAAUCCAUUCCCCUACCACCUUGUCAUGUGCCUUACUGUAUCUUCACAUUCAACUUGUAUGUUUCAAGUUUUGUUAAUUAUUAGCAACACCCUUGUGCACUUUUCUUAUUUUUACAAAAGUUUUAAUUUUCUAUUUAACUUUGUAGACUUAAUCUUGGACUCUUAGAUAUUUCCUUUGUUUUAAUACAUUUUGUGAAUUCUUUUGUAUACACUGAGUACUAUACUGUUUCUUACAUGCAUUUUUCUACAAAUCUAUCCAUUUUUGAUGUUUCUGAUGUUCUUUGGCGUAUAUAUUUUGGCGUGUAUUUAACCGUAUAAUGCCACACAUCUUCUAAUAUUUGCUGAAGAAUACUUCUACACAAUUUCAUAUGAUUUACACAAGUACAGUAUUUACACCAUCUUUAGUUAAUGUUAUGUUGUUAUACAUUUUCUUGGGGGCAAGAAGCCUGUGUGUAUAUAUGUAUACAUAUAUAUACACAGUAUAUAUGUAUAUAAAUGUAUACAUAUAUACAGUUGAACCUCAGUACUCAAACUUAAUUGGUUCCAGAAAGCUGUUUGAGUACUGAAAAAAAUUUCCCUUAAGGAAUAAUGUAAAUUUAAUUAAUCCAUUUCAGACCACAAAAAUACACACACAAACACAAUAACUAGAUGAAAUAACUGCAAAUGUAUUCUCAUAUUACCUGUAAUUAGGAGAGUUGAAGGUGGUGAGGAAAAAGAAAGAUCACAUCUCAAAGAAAUCACAUUUACAUAAAAUUACAUUGAUGUAUCGGUGAAAAUGAUUUUCAUUGAUAUAUCACGCCAUUGUGAUUUUUUUGUGGUCUGAGUGUGGUCUGUGAACGCCAUUACCGUAGGUCAGAGUAUGGUUGGGACAACUGCAAACUCUGGUUGGGCUCUGGUUUGGGGCCACCAAAACCUCCCUGUGAAGUCAGUAGAGUUUUAGGUUGGUCGACUUUUGUACCAUCAUGACCGAGUCGGUUAAGGCAGGUGUUUGGGAAUCACCAGACUGCAGGUUCAAGUCACUCCAUUGCCUUAAAAUGAUUUUCAUGUAAAUGAUGUUUCUGUAUAUGUUUUGUUACCAAGUUAGACAUGCUGGUGAACCCGUUGGUAUGAAAGGAACAUGCAGUAAUGAAGGUUAACCUAUGAGGUGAUAUUAAGUAAAAUACUGUGCAUUUUUUCCUCAUAAAAUGACUCCAUCUACACAUUAUAUCAUAUUGCACACAUUAAUUCUUAUACAUUUCCUAGACAACACUUGGUACAAGCUUUAUACAUUAUACUGUUGCAAAUGUUUUUUUUUGUCCUUAAUGUUUUCAUUCGCUCCAUUUCUGUUGUGUUUUACUCGUGCAUUUACUGGUUACUGUUUUUUCCCUUUUUGUUCAGUUAUUGUUUUCACACUGAGUGUAGUAGGCCAAUGCUUUGCAUAUGCCAUAAUCUAUCUUACAAAACUUUUUAGUGUACAAGAUAUUUUAUGUGGGUUUUCCAGGAGACAAAUGUAGUAGAAUAUGUUUAGUGAUUGUAUUGUUUGGGUAAAACUAUUUCAUGCAACAAUUUAAACCAUCGUUUGUAAUAUACAGUAGUUCAACAGACCAUGAGUCACAAUAAUGUGACAAGAUGUGAUAUUCAAACCAUACAUCAGAAAAUGAGGAAAUGACGUUGUUUCGGUCCGUCAUGGACCAUUAUCAAGUCGUGAAACUUGAUAAUGGUUCAGGACGGACCAAACCGUCAUUUCUUCAUUUUCUAAUGUGUGGUUUGGAUAUAGUAGUUCAGAUUUUAUUUUAUUUUAGAAUAUAAAAUUAAGGCGAGUUGUGAAAUGAUGCUUUAAGUUGUCAUGAAGAUAGUUUACCGGAAUACAAGAAAAGACACUUAAGAUUCUGCUUGAUGUUAUGAAGGAGGAAUGUAAUGAAUAACGAGUGAGGGGUACUGGGAAAUGUAAAAAAAAAAAAAAAAAAGGGACAAGUGGAGCAGUGAAUGAUGGAGUUACCUCAGGACUGAAAUAAAUUACACUUAUAUGGCCAGCUGGCAUAAGGUGGGUCAGAGCAUUAUCAAAACAUGGAAGAGAACCGUGAUUUUUUCAUUGCAUGAUCCCCAACCCUUGGUGUAAUAUGUAAGAUAUCAAGACCAUAUGGUUUUAUACUUUUGUAGAAUGUAAGUUUUUGUACAUAAAUUUAUGCUUACUGAAGAAUGUUAUGUAUACAAAUGACAUUUAUAGGCAGUUUUUGCAGCUUAAAUUAUUUCUGGCUGUUAAUAUUUGAUAUUGGAAGUACUGUACUUUCUUUUUAUAAUUUUUUGUUCAUGACGGAAGUCGUCUUUAAUAUUUGAUAUUAAAGGAUGUUUUGUGACACUCCACAAGCAUUAAUGAGCUGAUUCAAGGCCUUAGAGAUGCUAAUAUUCAGGUUAUUGUAGACAAAUAACUGCAGUACUAUAAUAUUUUUGGAUGCAAACUCAUCACUGAUCAGGUCAUAGGGUUUUGACUUGUAGUUGCAAGUUAUCAUUAAAUAUUAGAAGCGCACACAGUAUAUGACAAAGAAAUUAUGAAUAAACCUGUGAUAGUGUUCUCUUGGUUUGUGGGGAUAUUGUUUAACAGUACAUUUUGUCUUUAUGGAUAAAUUAUUGCCAAAGGGACUGUGUAGUUCAAUAAUUAGAUUUAAUGGUUUAGGGAAGUUCUUGUGUAAUUUGAACCAUGAAUGAUAUAUAAAGUUGACAAGGACUUUGCCAGAAAUUCUGACUACAAAUGCUGUCGGGAAUUUGUGAGACAUAACGGCACGUGUAAGAGUUGUGUUUUGUCUGGUACAAGUUGUUACCAGCACUGUGUGUAUUGUAUCCUGUUUUGAAUUUCUUUUUAUAAUUGAUGAUAUUAAUAGAGUACUUUAAAAUUAGGCAUUUUUUUAGUUUGAGGACCUAUUUAUACUCCAGUUAAUUUAAUUAUUGUUAUGUGGGUGUAUUGUAUAUGUAAUGUUUUGCAUGUUUAUCUUUGUUGGUGUGAGAGUUGCCAAUUAGAUAACCGGCAGGUGUUCAAGGUUAUAUUUUCUUGUAUAUGGGGUUGAGGACUUGCCCAUUUCAAUAGUAACCUACCUCUAAUGUGUCUGUCAUCACGGUAAUGAAAUAAUGGGCGUACAUUAAGGACACUUACCACUGUCACAUUUGUUGUUAAGAAAUUUCAAUGUUUAAAUAAUAUAUUCCAGAUGAUGUAGCUGCUGGAUAAGUGUUUUGUUCAUGGAAUGUAACAUCACAGUUUAUAAUUUUCAUUUUUGCAGAAGACUGUGUCAGCAUUACAUUGACUAAAUAAUUGGCUCUUGUUUCCAUGCAUCAUCCAAACAUCCAUGCUUUCACCAGAAUAUUCUCCUUACCUUUUAUAAACAAUACAUUCACCUAGAAAAAGAUAUUUAUAAUGUGUCUCAGGAUAUUUUAACGAUUUAUUUUGUAUGUCUCGAACAUUCUUUUCCCCGUCUUGUAUUGCUCUAUCUUCUCUGGGCACAUGCCUCCUCACCCUGUGAAUGUGUGAAUAGGCUAACAAUGAUAAAGACAAUUAAUAUAUUUAAAUUGGGUAGUUUCUUGGUGGGAGGGUUGAGUGUGAUUGGCAUCUGCAGACUCUCUUCUGUCUCAGUAGUAUAUGACUCGAGGCACUCUGUAGACACACUUCUGUCUCAGUAGUAUAUGACUCUCGAGGCAUUCUGCAGGCACAUUUCUAUCUCAGUAAUAUAUGACUCGAGGCACUCUGCAGACACACUACUGUCUCGGUAGUAUAUGACUCGAGGCACUCUGCAGACACACUUUUGUCUCAGUAGUAUAUGACUCUCGAGGCAUUCUGCAGACACAUUUCUAUCUCGGUAAUAUAUGACUCUCGAGGCACUCUGCAGACACUUCUGUCUCAGUAGUAUAUGACUCGAGGCACUCUGCAGACACACUUCUGUCUCAGUAGUAUAUGAAUCUCAAGGCACUCUGCAGACAUACUUCUGUCUUGGUAGUAUAUGAGCUCUUGUGGCACUCUGCAGACACUAUGUUCUGUCUCAGUAGGAUAUGAGCUCUGAUGGCACUCUUGCCCCUGUAUAUCAUGACAGGAUCUUGUCAUUCACUUUAUUUCUCAAAGUUAUCCCGUUCGUGAUUUAAUCACAAAUUUCAUCCCUUCAGGUUUUGAUGUGAAAUCUCAAGACUGGUAUAAAUGAAGAUACAAUAGAUAUAAAUGAAGAUACAAUAGAUGAAUGUACUGUAACAAAAAGGGUGCCCUUUCUUUUGUACUUUAUCUUGGUUGAGUGUUUAAGAUUAUUCCUUCUUGUGUAAAAGGAGGAAUAAUUUAAAAUACUUUAUUUAUUAUGUUAUUAAAAUAGCAAGCAGUAUUUUAGUGUGGCAUUCUUUGUUAUUUGUAUAUUGCUCUGUGGCCAGAAAUUUGGUAAAUUGAAAUAGUUUAUUAUUGAGUUGAUUGAAAAAUAAACGAAACAUUCAUUGUUUUCAAAAGUGUUACUUUUGUUAUUGUUGUUGUCGUCUGACAUCUUCAUUUGAGCAUUAUUCUUGCCCCAAUCUUUCUUAAGUAUUUGUGUGUGGUGGGGGUUAUUACAGCUCUUUGCUCACACUUAUGUUGGUUCUUGUAGUCAAAAGCUCUCUCUCAUUAUUUGUCAUUCAUCUGUAAAAUCUAAAUUGAAGUUUUUUCCCAAACACAGCAUCUCCUUCACCUUUGUAUUGUACCACUCUUCAUUGCUUAUUUCCAAUUAUUUGUUCUAUUAUAAUGUGAUGCUUUAGUAUUAUUGUUAAUAUUAUUACCUUUUGUUUUUUAAUCACAUUUCCAGCAGCUGCAAUUAUGUAUGUAAUUAGAUCACUGAUGAAUGGGGAAAUUACAAAAAAAAUGCUCAGGUCUCAAAGCUGAGAAUUGUAUUUGAAUCUUAAAUUUGUAUUUUUUCACAAUGGUGAACACUGGACUGUUUGAUAUUAUAACUGAAUCAUAAUUAUGUCAAAUACUCAUUAGGUGUUAGGUCACAAAAUGUGUUGGUCUUGCAUAGGAGGUUUUGAUGUGAUAAUUAUGCAUGCAAGAAUCUCUUAGUUAUGUUUGAAGGUUACGUAAAUGGAAAUUGUGCCUUUUUUUGUCAUUUUCAGCAUGGUACACAAAUUAUGCUAUUCAUCGUACAGUCCAAAUAAUGAUAUUAAUUGUUGAUAUUAAGAUUUUAAGGUUGGAGUUUGCUAAUUACAAGCAAUUCUCUUAUGGCUUAUUUUCAUGUGGUGAUGAGUCUUUAUUUUUAGUUGUGGUGGGCUCUAUCACUGGUUUGUCUUUGUUCUUAAAGAUUAUUCUGCCAAUCUUUUGUACGUUUGGUUACAAGUUGAUGUCCAUCUCUCAGGUGGGAAACAUAAGGAACAACAGUUUGUAGGAAUAGUUAGGUAGACUAUUGUGGGUGAGAAAUUAAUUUUGUUUUGCUAGUUAUAGAUGUGACCUCAAUUUUUGAUUCAAUUAAUCCAGGAAAGAAAAAGAGGCAGGGAGGUCAUAUUAUGUUACAGUGGUCGUCUCUACUUUCAACCCUCCGUUCCCAGGAUCAAAACUAAUUUUAAGACUUCAGUGCUCUUCAAAUCUCAAGUUUUCUAGGGUAGGUGAUAUAUUACCAACAAAGUACGUCAAGGGAAUUUUAUGGUGUACCGGUGAUGAGCAGUCCAAAUAUUCAUCCCCUUACCAGUUUGUGCAUCAUAAAUGGACGGUAUGCAUAUUUAUUUACUACCUAAUGUUAAACUCUGGGAAUUUGUAAGAAAUAUUUUUGAACUUGUAUUUAUAUAUCUGUAGAAUGUGAGCCCUUGACUAAUUUUGUGAUGUAAUUCACUCUUUAUUGUCUUGACAGUUGCCUUUGGAUAUUUUGACAGAUCUGUACAUAUGAAAAUAUUGUAAAAAUUGGUAUUUUCUUCUUUUACCAAAUAAACCAGAAAACAAA